UUUUCUCUCUCUUGGAUGGGAAGCCACCUAAAACGACAAAUGCUUGUAUGUCAUUAUUCAAAGCGAGAGAGAGAGAGUGAGUUGUCUGUCUGUUAUCAGAGAAUCAUCACCAUGGGAAACUCUUCCACUGUGAAAAUCCCAGAUGGUUCCAACCUUUUUUACAUGUCACCUUUAUUCUGGGUGCCCACUGGAUUACUGGUACUCUCGUUGUCUUGCAAUAUUUUUUUCUGUUUUUCAAAAUCAGGUUGUUCAGAGAAAAUAACAUGUUGGUCAAGGAUAAGAAGAAGUCGGCGUCCACAACAGAUGGAAGAUAAUCCUAUAUAUGGAAAUGUGAACUGUAUGCAAACUAGUACGACUGCAAUUUCUGAAAUCAAUCCUCCACACUUGACAGUCAGCUCUUCAUCUCUGAAGGAUCAACUGAGCUCAAACUCUGACUCACAGUCAAAAACUACAGACUGUUAUGCCAACCUGAGCCUGAAGGCCCCUAAGAGCAAGCCUGCUUGCAGCUCUCCUGAGAUUCAAUACUCGGUUGUGUUUCAGUCGGAUGAGUUGAGAGAGGAAGUCAAAGGAAACGUGCAUGCAGCUGCCACUGUGUCGGAUGUGUAUGCUUCUGUGCAAACGAAGCGCACCAAAAACAUCAACAAUGCAGACAGUGCAGAAGACGAUGCCAAUCAUAUUGGAGAGGAACCGUGACAGGUUUGAAGCGUCAACCUCCAAUCACCAGAUGGCACUGUUGAUCAUUGUUUUAUUGCAGGUCUUAAGGCAUAUACUGUAACUGCCAAGGCAUAUCAUUUUUUUCUCCACCAAAUAAUAACCUAUGUAUGUGAUGUCAUUGACACCACACAAUCCUAGGUUGAUGUUGAAAUAAAUCAUUGCUUCAAA